AUGGCCACCGGAGGCGUAACCCUGAAGAGCCUACCGAGUGAACUACCAUUAGACUUUCUGAAUAAAAUUACAAAGAACUUCUCCAAGGACCUACAACUUCGUGAAGACGCGUCUGAGUCAGUUUAUAUGGGGAUUCUGGACGGUGGUGAAGUGGUGGUUGUGAAGAAACUCGCGGAAAAUUCACCAGUACCAUGUGAGAAAAAAUUCGCGAAUGAGGUUCAGAAUAUUAUGGGGCUUGAACAUGAAAAUAUUGUCAAGAUGGUUGCAUACUGCCGUGAACCAAAUAAUAAAUUGGUUCAGAUCAAUGAACGAUAUAUUACUGCAGAGAUUACUGACACUUUACUCUGCCAUGAAUACUUACCUCAGGGAAGCCUUGACAAGAAUCUUUUUGGUGAGUCCAGUAUCAUUGAUUGGGGGACUCGCUUCAAAAUAAUAAAGGGAAUAUGCAAAGGUGUACAUUUUUUACACACCUUGCCUCGUCCCAUUCUUCAUUUGGGUCUGAAGCCGCAAAAUAUAUUACUAGAUGUCAACAUGGCACCGAAAAUUGCGGAUUUUGGUUUCUCCAGAAUAUUCGGCAUAGAUCAUACCCGAAAGAUCACGCGAAGUGUCGUGGGAUCAGUUGGAUACAUGGCCCCGGAGUAUCUAUAUAGUGGUGAAAUCUCGGCUCGGUCAGACAUAUAUAGCUUAGGCCUAAUCAUAAUGGAGAUCUCCACAAGAGAGAAGAAUAGCUCUGACCAGAAACAUGCAAGGAAAUAUGUUGAUGGAGUAAAAGAAAAUUGGACAAUGGAGAAAAUAAUGUCUGAGUACACAUUGUUGGAAGAACAAGGUUUGAAUCAAGUACAAGCAUGUAUCGAUAUUGCUCUACAAUGUGUGGAGAUUGAUCAGGAUAAGAGACCUUCCAUAGACUACAUUCUCAACAGGCUCAAAGCACUACCAAAAAAUGCGGAGGUCGACCAUUCUAGGUGA